AUGCUAAAAAAAGGCUCUCGGUCGACACAGGCGUGUAAAGCAUGGUUACUUGAACAUGUCGCCUCCUCCGCAAAUCGCGUGAGUGGACUAGCCAAGUAUCUUGUCGCAUUAGCUAGCCUCUCGGGUGAGACGGCAGCAGUAGGCACAAGCACCGGGGCGUCCACAGCCCAUAAACCCGGACCGGGGACCUCCCUCAAGCGUCGCCGACUUCACAUCUUGUAUCUCCUCAAUGAUCUGUUGCAUCACAGCAAGUACCACCUCGACACAACGGCCACCUUCUCCACGCUUAGCGGGUCUCUGCAAUCCCAUGCGAUUGAGCUGGUUGGUUGUGCUGCUGCAUAUGAUCAACAAAAGCACCCUCGUCAUCAUCAGCGCCUCCAUGAGCUGCUGGACAUUUGGUCUGAGAAUGGGUACUUUGGCCCUGAGCUGAUGCAGAAGCUGCGCGAGACUGUGAAGAAUUCGGCAACCACUGGCAUUGUGAGUGGCCAGGCAUCGGCUGAUGUCUUAAUCGACGAGCCCGAUGGCGCCAAAAGGCCUGCCGGCAAAGAAGCACCUUAUGUCAUGCCACCUACACACGGCGAUCCUUCGACCCCAUACUACGACCUUCCUGCAGGCAACUGGAUACCUCAUAUCAUUCCUAAUUCGACUAUUCCGCUUCGCCCGGACAGUAUCAAGCCAUUGCAAUUUCUGGCGGGUCCAGCAGACCAAUCGCUUGUUCGGGUUUUGAAAGACUUUAUGUCAGAGGUGGACCAGAUCUACGCUACGGAAGACCUCGUCAAAGAUGAUGACCACAUGGAUAUCGACGAGCUUGGCCAACGGAUUACUCGAGAUGAGAUCACCGGCGAGAUUCUGGAUGGUGAGACGUAUUAUGGCUGGUCUCGUGCAUUCUGUCAACAAAUGAAACGGCGGCCAGGGUCACCACGCAGUCGUUCUCGAAGCCACAGCAGAUCUCGCGGAACUGUCAAACGGAGAUACAGCGAGAGCUCGCUGAGUGAUGACAGCGACCGAUCUCGUUCACACGGAGGAAGCCGCGCGAACGACCGGGAUCGUGAGUAUCGCCGACCUCGUGGCUCGCGUUCCCCCAGUCGUCCCCGUCGUAGGUCAAGAUCUCGCACCAGUGAGAAUUCCUAUAGGCCUGAAGAGCCCUUCUCAUCGCGCUUUCCACCUCCGGGCCAGCCCUCCUUCGCUCCGCCGCCGCCACCGCCACCGCCAGUAGUUCAUUCAAAGUCCUACCAGCCGAAUCAGCCAUACAUCCAACCACCUUAUCAGGCACCCAACUCUGGCGUCAACUUCGCUCCUCCACCUCCGCCUCCAUACCCCGGCGCCUGGCCGCCGGGCCUCCCCCCACCAAUGCCGGGCAUGUCCUUUCCCCCACUUGGCCCGGGCAUGAACCAUCCGGCAUUUCCUCACUCGUUCCCAGGGCAGCAUCAUCCAGUGCCUAUGCCUCCCGGACAACAGCCAUCUCAGGGACAGUACCAUUAUCCUCCUUAUCAUCCUAACGGGCAACAUGGUGGUGGGUGGAAUCAACAGGGUCCUGGCUGGCAAUAG